UGUGUAGGGGCAGUUGUAAGACUUCCAUGACCUUCAAAUAUCCGAAUCAGGUGCUACGUUUACUCCAGCAGAAUCGGCCGCUUCCUCGGCAUCAAGCUGCUCAAGUUUCAAGUUGGCAGUUUUAAAGGUCAAGCACAUACAGUGUGUCACUGAAGAAACAUGGCAGCAAAACAUCGUCCAAUUCUACUUAUCACGAUAACGUCUGGACUCCUUCUUGGUUGUUGGGGACAAUCUGUGCCUCGUCUGAUCGACCUGACAUGGACCCUGAAGGCUGGCAUUCCUGUUCAUCCAUUCUUCCCUCCCUACCAGUUCACUAUUGUUUACAGAGAUGACCAUCCUGGAGGCUACUACUUGGAGUCUAACGAGAUCGCCAUGAACGAGCACACCGGGACUCACAUAGACGCGCCCGCACAUUUCGCGAGAGGAGCUUGGAGACUUGACCAGAUCCCGCUCGGCCACCUGACCGGCCCUGGAGUGAUGAUUGACGUGAGGGAUAGGAUAGGAGACAACACGGACUACGCCGUCACGGCGCAAGACUUACAGGACUGGGAACGAGAAUAUGGGCAUAUCCCAGAAGGUGGCAUUAUCAUGCUCCGUUCAGGUUGGGGUGAGCAGUUCUAUGAGGAAGGACCAGUGCCGUAUCUGGGCGUGGGCCAAAAGAACGACUCCCUUCUGCACUCUCCGGGACUGCACCCAGAUGCCGCCCAGUGGCUUGUUGACAACCGUGAUGUGAAAGUGAUCGGAUUUGACACUGUCUCCGCGGAUACUGGAGACUCUAAGACGUGUCCGACUCACAAGAUCCUCCUACCCAACAACAUCAUCAUCAUAGAGAACGUGGGUCACCUGAACGAGAUGCCCCCUACCGGCUCCACUGUAUACGCCAUGCCCAUAAAGAUCGGCGACGGAAGCGGAGCUCCCUCUCGAGUUUUUGCAAUCAUUGAUGAGAGAACCAGUGACGCGGGGCUGACAACAUCGGAUUUCAUCCUCGUCUUGGCUUCCGCCAUUGUGCUUAUCGUUCAAGCUAUAUAGCCUUGAACUGAAUUAAAAUGUGCGUGAGAACCUUACAGAAGUAAAUGAAAGAUCUAAAGGAGUUGGUUCUUUGUGCUUGUAAUCGUAGAUUAUUAAAGUAUGGUUUUCAAAGAAUGCACACAGAGUCGUGAUUCCAUAAAUCUAAAAACGCAUAACGUUACUGUAAUUCACUUUGUCUUCUCGGUACCAAACCUUCACGGUCUGAGCCAAAAAAAAAUUUAAAUUGUUCUCGGAACGAAAUGUUCACUGUCGCGGCAAGUGCACAUAAAAAAAGGCUGUGAAUUAUUUGUUAUCAGUGAUGAUAAGUUCACGUUACAGUCGUUACCGUGAAAACCGUGAACAUAACAGUACAUUGAAAAAAUCAGGAAUUACAGAUAUAUUAGAAAAUUCUAAGUGGGUGAGAUAAUUACGUAUGGUAGGUGAAGCCGCAUUGUAUUGUGUACAUAUGGCAAGCUGUUUGGACCAUUCAUUGAGUUGACUCUGCUACAUUGUACAUUUGACCUGCAUUGAGGGCUAUGCAUUUUCACCUUCACAAUAGAUUUCUAUGAUUGUUCGCACGAUUGUUAAUACAGUAUAUAUAUAGGAUAAGUAAAAAGCUAAAAGCUUAACUCCAGGGUUUGUGUUAUUUUCCAAUGCAUCAAUGCGUGCAUAAUCACUGGACAUUUUGCAGAAUUCUACUUGCGGUGAAUUACGCGACGUCUCACCGGUAGGAAAAUUGGAAAACAAUAUAAUACUCCCUGCCCCUGCCCGUGUAUUCCAUGUACCUGUAUGUUGAUAUACUUAAUUGUAUACUUUGAUUGUAUUUUGUGAUUGUUGAUUGUGAUUUAUUACCCCAGGUCAAUUUGGUUACACUGCUACUUGCUCUGGACAUGAUAGAUCGAAAACGAGGCCAAUAUGGCAGACAAAAGACCAUAAUUAGGAGUUCAACCAACGACAGUAUGGUAAUCAGCAAAUCGACUAAUGGAUGUAUGUCCGUCAAAUAUUUGCAUUAUUAUGUUUUUAUUUUGCAUCUCUGCACUACUCUAUAUUGCUACAACUGUUCUUUGCACAACACAACUUACAAUAUUUAUCAUUUGACCUUAUAUUUCGAAACUUAGUGUAGGUUGGUAGAAAACUGAUUGGAUCAAUCUAA